AUGGUUUAUUGUAGUGAUGUGUAUGUAUAUAAUAUAUACACUACUGUAACUAACUUUAUAUGUAAUUUCUUACAAGAACUGAUUUAGUAGUUUUUAGGCGCUUUUUAGUCUUUUGUUGUAGUUUCUGUCAGACCCACGUCAGUGACCUUCUGGGUCGCAUGAUGAUGACGUCACGAAAUGAAUGUUGAUCACUUUCUCUCAGCUGAGCGGUCGUGAACUCUUCUUCAGAUCUCUCCUUGGCCUCCUAAAGCUCAAGGAGAGGUGUCAGGGAGAAGGUUAGGAGGUCAUAUUGUUUCGCUUUAGCACCGUAGCCUCGGUUUGGGGACCCGGGAGCAGCAGCUCGGUCGGACCCGGAAGCGGCUCCCGCCCUUGAUGCAGUUUGCGCGGUCGCUGGUGAGAAGAAUGUGCUCCGCUCCCCCCCGUCAUGUGGUCUGGCAGUCGGAGGGUCUGGUGGCGUACCUCCACCCGCGGCCCUGGACCCCCGGCGCGGUGGUCCUGGAGGGGGGGUUGCCCGGCGGGGGCGUCUUCCAGCUGGAGGAGCGGGUCUUCCUGUCCUGGCUGUUGGGGGCGCGGGCCGUGGCCCGGCUGCUGUGCGAGCGCCUGGGGGUCCACAGGUGUGCGCUGGUGAGCCGGCCCCACCAGGACCGGCCGGCCCAGAUCCUGGUCCUGCCCCUCCACGGCCUGGAUGCAGGGUGGCGCCCCCACCUGUCGGAGGGGGGGGAACACAAGGACCGCGACGUGGGCUACUGCACCUCCAAGAACGCCCCCCGCUGGAGCGACAGCAGCCUGACCCGAAUCCAGACCAAGGUCCGCCCCCCCGAUGCCCCGUCCGACCUCACCUUCCUGGGGGCCGACCCGGCCCACCCGGGCCUCUUCUCGCGCAUCGUCCGUGGGGAGGAGCCUCACUGGCGCGUCUGGGAGGACCAGGGUCACGUGGCCUUCCUCACGCCGUUCCCCAACGCCACCGGCUUCACCGUGCUGGUCCCGCGCCGACCUCUGACCUCGGACAUAUUCCGACUGGACCGGGAGGACUACGAGGGACUGGUGCUGGCCAGCAGGAAGGCGGCGAGGGUUCUGCAGGAGGCGCUGGGCGCCUGGGGGGUGGGGCUUAUUUUUGAGGGCUUUGAGAUCGACUACGCUCACGCCAAGCUGAUCCCGUUGCUUCGGGGGGAGGCUGCGCCUUCAGAGGGCGGAGCUAGUGAAACCCCGCCUCCAGAGUUUCACCACACCUACCCGGGGUACGUGACCUCCGCAGACGGGCCGGAGGCCGACCCCCAGAGUCUGGAGAGGCUGCACCUUCAGAUCACCCAGACCUGAAGCUCCCCCUCCACCCUUUCACAAUAAAAGAGAUCAGAAAUCCUC